AUGGAUCCUGGGCACGAGACAUCGUACGAAACAUGGCAAAGUUUCAUUGAUACGCAGCUCGGGCGAUGGCUGGCUGCAGACGCACGCUUGACGGACGCGAGGGACAGAAGGAAUGGAUGGAUCAACUUUGCGGACCCGCAGACGGACCGUAACAGAAUUAUGAAGGGGCUUAUUUGAUGGUCAUCCGGGGCUGCUCAAGUUGGUAGUUAUGUUGGGUGCCAGCUAUUGUAAAUAUGGGAAUGUGGUGUUCCAGGGCGUGAUAAAAUGCAAAUCGCGAGCCGCAGUAGAAGGUUUGAUUUGUCAACAUCCUGAAAUUUUUAUUGUCGCGCUCGCGCCCCCCGCACGAGCUUUGUUCUUUAUGUACGCAUGUGAUAAAAGUACUUAAAUACUUUCUUUGGCAAGCUCAGGAUGACCUUUGUUUUCCGUACCACACAGUGCGGGGAGAGAAUAACUCCACCAGACGACGGGGCGCGAGAGACUAGUGUGACAUACCCGACCUCCCCCGACUUCGAGGACUUCUGGUUCACGUGGCACUUUGGGUAUAACGCGUUUGCGCUGGCUCCUGGGAUGCAGCUGAAGUCGGUUGUGAUCACACUACGUUGGGAAGGCUACUCUCUCGAGUUACUUCUUUCUUAGCGCUAUCAUGGCACUUGAACAGAGUGAAGUUAGUACUCCAGGAUCUUUUGAGGACUCUUAUUGUAGAAGAAGAAUAGGCAAGAAGCUUGAUGAAUUUACAAUUACGUCAGAUUGAUUGUUUGUGUUACGAGGAUAUUUACGUCAGAUUGUGAAUUAGGUUAGAUUGCCAUGAGAAAGAGGCUUUU